GGCUCUACCGCGGCGGGCAGCUGUGGGCAGCAGACCGUCGGAGGUCUCGCGCAGGGGCCUGCAGCUUUGCCCGGCCUGGAGCAAGUGUGCGGGGCCGGGAGGAGAGCCAGGGUUGGGCGGGGGGGGGGGGGGGAGCGGGCUGGGCCCGGGGCUGCGGCUGCGGCCGCGGGGCUGCGACUCCCCAGCCCCGCCAGCCCGAACGCUCGGAGGGAGAGGCAAGGUCUUGACAGGGUGGCUGGACCAGUGGCAGAAUCCACUGGCGGACUCUGGACUUGAGGGUUCUGGCUGUGGUCUGUAGGAGCAAAGAAGAGAAGGACUCAAAUCCAGGCCAACUGGAUGGCUGUCUGAGGUGUUGGAACAGAAGGAGGUCCAUUCCUGUUGGUGACAACACUGUGGCCCUGUUCUGGGAUGACCGAGGUAUAAAGGAGCUGGUAACUUCGGUCAAGGGAAGAAGAAACUCCAUGAGUGGCAGCCUCAACAACUGGCUCUUUCCUCCUGGGUUUCCCCCAAGAAAGAGCAGCUGAGUCCUUGCAUCUUGUGGCAGCUGGCGUGCCCAGCACUAAGUCUGUGGGAGCUGAAGGCAGCCCGGUCCCUUCUAACGGGCAGCGCCCACCUGUGCUGAGGUCCUGCAGUGGUGGCAGUGCAAGGAGCUGUACAGUCAGUUAUAACUGAAAAUGUCUGACGGCCUGGAUAAUGAAGAGAAACCCCCAGCUCCCCCACUGAGGAUGAAUAGCAACAACCGGGAUUCUUCAGCACUCAACCACAGCUCCAAACCACUUCCCAUGGCCCCUGAAGAGAAGAAUAAGAAAGCCAGGCUUCGCUCUAUCUUCCCAGGAGGAGGGGAUAAAACCAAUAAGAAGAAAGAGAAAGAACGCCCAGAGAUCUCUCUUCCUUCAGACUUUGAACAUACGAUUCAUGUGGGGUUUGAUGCAGUCACCGGGGAAUUCACUCCAGAUCUCUAUGGCUCACAGAUGUGCCCAGGGAAGCUCCCAGAGGGAAUUCCUGAGCAGUGGGCACGACUACUCCAGACCUCCAACAUAACAAAACUGGAACAGAAGAAGAACCCACAAGCAGUUCUGGAUGUCCUCAAAUUCUAUGAUUCCAAAGAAACAGUCAACAACCAGAAAUACAUGAGCUUUACAUCAGGAGAUAAAAGUGCACAUGGAUACAUAGCAGCCCAUCCUUCGAGUACGAAAACAGCAUCGGAGCCUCCUCUGGCUCCUCCUGUGUCUGAGGAAGAAGAUGAAGAAGAGGAAGAAGAAGAAGAUGACAAUGAGCCCCCACCAGUUAUUGCGCCCAGACCAGAGCAUACAAAAUCAAUCUACACUCGUUCAGUGGUUGAAUCCAUUGCUUCACCACCAGCACCAAAUAAAGAGGUCACACCACCUUCUGCUGAGAACGCCAAUUCCAGUACUUUGUACAGAAACACAGAUCGGCAAAGGAAAAAAUCCAAGAUGACAGAUGAGGAGAUCCUGGAGAAGCUAAGAAGCAUUGUGAGUGUUGGUGACCCAAAGAAAAAAUAUACAAGAUUUGAAAAAAUAGGUCAAGGGGCAUCAGGUACUGUUUAUACAGCGCUGGACAUUGCAACAGGACAAGAGGUGGCCAUAAAGCAGAUGAACCUUCAACAGCAGCCCAAAAAGGAAUUAAUUAUUAAUGAAAUUCUGGUCAUGAGGGAAAAUAAGAACCCCAAUAUUGUUAAUUACUUAGAUAGCUACUUAGUGGGUGAUGAACUGUGGGUAGUCAUGGAAUACUUGGCUGGUGGUUCUUUGACUGAUGUGGUCACAGAGACCUGUAUGGAUGAAGGACAGAUAGCAGCUGUGUGCAGAGAGUGCCUCCAAGCUUUGGAUUUCUUGCACUCGAACCAAGUGAUCCAUAGAGACAUAAAGAGUGACAAUAUUCUUCUUGGGAUGGAUGGCUCUGUUAAAUUGACUGAUUUUGGGUUCUGUGCCCAGAUCACCCCUGAGCAAAGUAAGCGAAGCACAAUGGUGGGAACUCCUUACUGGAUGGCACCUGAGGUGGUGACUCGGAAAGCUUAUGGUCCAAAAGUUGAUAUCUGGUCUCUGGGGAUUAUGGCAAUCGAAAUGGUGGAAGGUGAACCCCCUUACCUUAAUGAAAAUCCACUCAGGGCGUUAUAUCUGAUAGCCACUAAUGGAACCCCAGAGCUCCAGAAUCCUGAGAGACUGUCGGCUGUAUUCCGUGACUUUUUAAAUCGCUGUCUUGAGAUGGAUGUGGAUAGGCGAGGAUCUGCCAAGGAGCUCUUGCAGGUGCUCUUGGCCGGAGGUAAUUCUCUACAUAACUAUGCAAUUAUUUCCAUGGCAUUUGCUACUCUAAUGCUUUACUGGUCAAAGCCCCUUUGCUUGUGAUGCCAAAUGGCAGGCAACUGCUUGCCUGGGUGAGUACCAUCCAGUGGUGAGUGCCUCUGUAACCAUUUGUCCUUUUCAUGGCUCUCAGGGAUUAGUAUAUAUGAUGACAAUGAGUACCUAUUCUGUGCCAAAUUCUUUACACACACUAUCUCAUUUAAUCUUGAACAAGUCUAGGGUAGGUGUUAUUAGCUCAUAUUACAGAUAUAGAAACUGAGGCUCACAGAGCUACUGAUUGGCAGAACUGGGAUCUGAGCCCUGGAUUAUUUGACUUUCCACCACACAAAUGCACCAACCAAUUUAGAGGGAAAGAUGUAUUUUUAUUGUUAAAGCCACACAUGCCCAGGAUCACACAUACAGCUCCACCAUGGGAGACUGUUCCUUGGGAACACAUACCAAACCCUGUAACACCCAGGAACAGUGAAUGCUUGUUCUGUGACUUUGAACACUUCUUCUGGUUAAGCAAAAUGUACAAUUGUUUAUAUGGAGUGUUAACCACAGAUCCAUUCUAUUCUAAACCAAAAAGAAAAAAAAUCUGUUCUUGUUGCUCCUGAACUUCAUCCAGAGACAGAGCCACACCCAGGCCAAAAAUUCCUGCCCCCACCCUCAACCCAAACCACAUCUGGGAUAAAUAAACUGAUUUGGAGGAAUUGAGGAGACUACACCUUUUCUGCUACCUAUGAGCAUUUCACAGGCUGUCAUAGGGCCCUAAAAUAUCAAAUCUGGGAUGGCCCUUUAUUAAUCCUCUAGUUAGUCUAGUCUCAGAUUACAGAUGAAAAACUUGAACUUUUGAGUGCUCCACUUCCACAUCUUCUCACCCCUGCUGCCACCCCACAUACACAUCCCAAGGGUAAGGGAAGAUACAGGUUCUGUUAAUGUAGCUAUGUGGUUACAUAGAUAAUUGAAUCACAUAUCUAGUUAGUUUCUUCACCAAUGGUACUUUUAUCUGAAUCAGUCAGACAAGUGAUGCAAGACUACAUUUUGGGUCUAAAUUGAACAGUUUGUUGCAUCUUUUCAUUUUACACAUGAUAGUUAUAACCUUUGUAUCACCUUAAGUCGCUGUAUCUUCCUUCUCUAACUCUAGCCUAUCACUGCCCUUUUAGAGGUUAGAAAGGAGAGAGAUGCAGGACAUUCACACUAUUGGAAGGCUUGAGAAAAGACACAGGUCUUGAGUAUUCCUGGGCCUUUCUGUAUGGCCUAAAUCAGUUCUCUGUCCAUCAGUUGGUAUUUAUUGAGCAACUUCUGUUUGCAAAGCUUAAGUGCAAUGAUGAUAUAAACCUCUUAAAAGCAGGAUUCCUUCACUCCAGAAGUUCACAAUUUCCUUGGGUACGUGAAAAAAUAAUGCAAAGUUGUUUAGAGACUCAAUCAAACCCAGUGGCUGUUUAAACAGUAAACACCAUGGUUGAUUAGAGAAAUAUUCUGUAGGCUAUAGGUGAUCAAAAAAUGUGAACAGGAAGGAGUUCUGCUGGGCCCUGAAGGACAGAUUAGCUUCAGAUAUGUUGAGGAAAAGGGGAGAGGGGAUUUCAGAUGGACAGGUUAUAAUGUGACCAAAGGCAUGUGGGCAAGGUUGAAGGGAACAGAAAACAGAAAGUAAAAUAGCUGAAGUAAAGAGUCAAAAUAAGGAGUUUUAAGUGUGGAAUCUACAGGAGACAGGGCUGUGGAGGGCCUUGAACACCAGGGUGAAGAGUUGGGGCUGUAGACAGUGGGAAACACUGAAGACAUUGGAGGGACACGCAUGCCGAAAGCUUUGUUUAGGGAGAUUAAUCUGGUGUUUUGCAGUACGAAUUAGCAGUGGGAAAAAAUGAAGGCUGAAAGAUCAAGGGGGAGUUAUUCUUACAGUUCAGGAUUAAGUUGACCAAAAGACUGGAUGAGGGAAGGUGAGACAUAAUUGUAAGAGCCAUUAAGAAGAAAGGACUUGUUAGCUGAUUGUAGAACAUAAGGGAGAGGAAGAAAAAGGUGACUUUAGAAUAUCAAACCAAUGAUAACAUUCAGUAAAAGCCAAAGUCCUAGAGGAUAAUACAAUGGUUAACAUUUCUUCACCUCUCUGUAGCUUCAGAGGAACUGUCCUUAUCUUACCUCAUUUAGCCAUUGUGAUAAGCAGAGGAGAGGACUGAACCCAGGUGCUCUGACUCCAAAGCCCCUUUAACUGACAUCCUGCAAGAGUAGCCUGUUCGGAAGACUUUAACGUAUACUUAAACAUUAAAUUCAAGGUGACAGAAGGACAUUCAAAAGGAAAUAUCCAGCAGGCAAUUGGAGAGAUAGGACCAGAAUUCAGGAAAGACCUCAGCUCACACAACAGAGAUUUGUGAGUCAUCCCUAAUAAAGCUGAUGAGAGGUCAAAACCAUGAAAGAAAAUGAGCUCUCAAAUUAAAUCAGAAAAAGAGAUGAUGAGAGCCAUGUUCUGGUAUGUUGGAGAUGGGAGGAAGCAGUGAAACUAGGAAAGAAGAUGGAAUAGUCAGUGAACAGGCACAUGGGAGAAAACCCAGACAGUAGACUGUCACAGGCCCCAAAGGAGGAAAACAUUUCAAAGAAGGAAGUGAUAUUCAUUCAUAUUAAGUACUGCAGAUUGGCCAGAAGAAAAAUGGUGGAGGCACAGCUACUGGGUUUAGCAGUUAAGAAGCCAUAAUUUCAGGGUCAAGGUCAACCAAAGAGUUUUCGAAGCCUAAGAGCUGCUCCUGGUAAAUUCAUCAGUUUAAGAACAUCAGAAAGUCAACUGUCGCAAACACAAUGGGAUUUUACAGGACCCCUCCUCUGAGUGUCUAGCUCUGCCAGUCAGCUUCCAGAGGAUUCCAUGACACUGAAGGACAAAAACAUCUGAAGGACAAAAGCUGGCACUAUUUUUAAUAAAAUGAUGUUGAAUUGCAUGCUCAAAAUACAUUUUAAUGAGAAAAGGGCUGCUUGAAAAUGUAAAGUAAUAUACUUGUUAGAGGAAAGGAUUCCAGUAAUU